AUGGAACCGUCAGCGGCUUCGGCGCAGGACGCCGAUCUGAUGGAUAUCGACAUCGACAUGGACCUUGAUGACCACGAUAUCCCAAUCGAUGAAGAAUACCAACUCGAAGAAGGUGAAGAACCCUCGUUUGUACCAACUGGCGCGACGGCGACCCAAGACUCUACGAACAUCAUCCCGGCAAUCUACACGGAAGACCCCGCUCUCGAGCCGCAAUGGAACAAAGUGCACAUCCGCGGCGUGGACGAGAUGCAUACGAACGACAUUCUGGCAUUUGUACACGACCACUUUAGUGAAGUUGGUGAAGAUGUACAUGUUCAAUGGAUCGACGACACCUCUGCCAACAUCUGCUUCAGAGACAACGCGACGGCGAAGAAAGCACAUCUCGCAUUCCUUGCGAAUCCAAUUACAGUCGAUCAACUGACGAACGAGCCCUUCGAGCUGCGGACCGCCAAACCUCUCGCCAGCAGACCGGCCAGUAUGCUUGUGGUUCGAGUAGCGCAACAGGGUGACAGGAAGAGGAAAGGAGCAAGAGAUGCAAGCAGAUACUACCUGCUGCAUCCUGAUCAAGAUCCUACAGAAAGAAUGCGCCGCGAGUUCGCCAAUAGCAGGACUUCAAGACCUGAAAAUGGGGACUACAGGCGCAGACGGUUCGACGAUCGCGAGCUCCACCGGCGGCGAAGAGACCACGACCGCAACGACGAAGGGACAGACUUCUCAGCAAACAUGUAUGACGAUGCGCCGGCGACCGCCACCGAGAAAGAACAGACUGCCAGAGGCCGAGAUUUAUUCUCCCGAGUGUCAAAAGGCAGACGACGAAGUGCGAGUCCAGGUCGACCGCGAACACGCAACAGUGAUGAAAUCGACAUUUCCGGCUCCGAAGACGAGGGUCGUGUCCGCCGACGUGGCAGCGCUUAUCGCGAUCGAAGCGACCGAGGUCCUCGCACGAACUCUGGAAAGGAGCUCUUCAGCAGUACGCCUGACCGCAAGGGCAGCAGUGGCUUGCAUUCAGACAGGAUCGAGCUCUUCCCCUCAAAGGCAGCUACAGUAGAUGCAUCUAUGAACAUUGAUCAGACCGACAACGCGGCGCCAAAGGCCACUACCGACCCAUCCAAUGCUCGGGCGAAUGUGGCCGCCGCUAAGCGAUUGAAAGCUGAUCUGCUGAGCGCGGCUCAGACGAGUCCUCGCUCCCACCGACGCAGUCACGCGAUGGAUGCCAAGAACGAGGAAGAUCUCGCAGAGCGGUUUGCGCGCAAGUCAAUAUCCAUCGACAGCACGAAGUCGUUCAAAAAUGGAAUGGCAAAUAAUGGUAUCGAACUGUUUCCCUCUUCCGGCCACAGUUCUGGUGCGGGUUUGAAUAUCAAGGGCGCGGCCAAGGACAAGGACGGUGCUGGCUUCAGUAUUAAGGGUUCUGGAGGAUUCAGCAUCAAGGGUCGCGCUGGUGUCAAAGAGCUGUUUCCGAACCAGUAUGAUAAGGGAGGCAGGAACGAAGGUAAAGAACUCUUUGACGAGCCUGUGCGGGAGAAGAGAAUUCGACGGAGGGCCGGCGACUUGUUCGACUGA